AUGCACUUGCCUACCAAAAGUAGACUGUUGUUGGGGGUCAAACACAAAAGAUUAGUAUGCGCAGCAUCCCGCCUUAUACUUACCAGGCAAGCGAAUGGCAUGCGACGUCUACUCAAGGCAGGCGGUUGCGUUCUCUCGCUGAGGAGGGCUUCGGCACGGGUUCAUGUUUCGUAUGCACACAUGUGGGAUGAGGUCAACGCGAAGUUCGCCCCGCCUCGCACCCACAAGCGUCGCAAAGUUCGGAGUGCCCAGAAUAUGCAGACCAUCGUCCAACGAGGCCUCGUGAAUGUAUUAUUGAUGGAUUUGCGAUUGGGUAAGUCCGUCAAGCACAUCGAGCCAUGGGUGUGCAAACCGAAGAAGGUCAGAGCCACAUCUGCAGAGGCGAUUUUCCCAGCCAUCGUCGACGCGAUGCCCGGAUGUUUCAACCCGCUCAGCUUGGAGGCCCUCGUGGGCGCGGCGAAGGGCGCCAGCUCCUUCACUCUUUGUUUGGUGUGCGAUCGUGCAUCUUCGAACUUAUUGGUGUUGAAGCGCGUUGCGAAGUUCUGGGAAGUCGUUGUUCUACCGCUAAUCGGGCCCAGAAUGUUAUUAAUGUUGGAGACUUGCACCGUCCACAGCCACCACAGGGCGAAACUUCAGAUCAAAACGUUGCGACACCACGUCCUUCGUCAUUUCUCGUUGGCCAAUUUGUACAGGUUACAAUCAGUGCAGGAAAAAACAGCCAGCCGAUAUGAAGCGAUGUUACCGCCGAUGGUGCAUCGAAAGAUUGGCCCCCCUCCUGAUAAUGUGCGGUACCCUUUGAAGCGAUUCGUCGAUAUAGUUUUUCGCCCCCGAGAGCCACGCCACAGACGCAAAGAUGGAGCCCCCACUCAGCAGACAUUAGAUUUGGAUGAGUUGUGCAAUAUAUGCAAUUCAGACUUGAAAGGUGAUUGGACGCACUACUGUUGGGAUCCAAUUCGCCAGAAACCAUGUUGCAGCAAUUUGUCUGAAACACGCGAUAAAGUUCUGAGGGCUACGAUGAAUGCAUUGGAGGGCAGGGGCCAACCUUUGCCGUCAGAGUCGAGGUGGACGAACACAACUCCGAAUUUCCGACGAACGUUGUUGAGGCAGGCCGUCUGGGGCAUCGGCACUAGGUGUUUUGGCGUGGACCCACCUGAUGGCAGCAGCGCCGACAGACCCGUGCACGUGGAAGGGGAGGCUGCCGAGGGGCAUUUCGCGCAGAUUCGAUCCGAUCCACGCGUGUUUCUCGGGGCAUUGAGUACUAUUCCAAGGCUGAGACAUUCCACGAACUCGCUGUGUUGCUCAUCGUCGUCGACGUUAUCGACAGCACCCUGCUGCACCCCAUCCUGGGCGACGCAACCAAGAAAAAAGACGAACUCCAGUGCAAAAUCCUGA